CGCUGCUCCAUAGAUCACACAGUGGAGCUGGUCUACACUGGGCACACACACACACACACACACGCAGUAAGUACUGGAGCAGAUCAGCAGCGCAAGUGUACGUGUGGGAAACAAACUGCAGAUGCCGGUUUACACCGGCCCUAGACACAACAUGCUGGAAUAACUCAGCGGGACAGGCAGCAUCUCUGGAGAGGAGGAGAGAUGGGCGGCGUUUCUGGUCGAGACCCUUCUUCAGACUGUCCUGACCCUGGUCGCCCACCCUGGUGCAAGUUAACGCUGCGAUCAACUUAUUUAAAGUUAUCGGAUUGCCUCUAAGUGUUUUGCAAGUGGGGGUUUCGCCGGCGUGGAGCAGACUCGCCAAAUCCUCGUGCAUCACUCAACACCCAUUUCUGCAACUUCAGGUGAGGGAACAUGGCUGUUACCAACAGUAUGAUAGCCAAUAAGUCGACUGUGUUAAAUUGGACAGGAGCAACCUGCAAUUCCAGAGCCACUGAGCGAGGGAAAGCAGAUGGUGACACGUUUGUCAUCGUUGUCGAGGACCCUCUGAGGGCCGACCCUGAUCGUAUCGUUCAUCGACGCCUGGACUCUGCCCCGAAGACGCUGAUCAGCACAGACGCGAAGUGCCCUCUGAAGCCAAGCAACAGCUGUGUGGCAAAGCCCAGCCCCAGAACCAUGCUGAGCCACAAACUCAGCAUCAACGGCCCACUGCUAGAGCUGUCCGGCAUCUCGGACGUGCCCAAACCAUCGAGGAACUCUUCCAGGCAAAGCUGCGCUCCCGCUAAACCUGGCCUCAUCACACGCAACCCAAGCAUCAAGGAGAAGAUUUCGGAAUGGGAGGGGAAGAAGGAAGUGGCUCUGCCCACAGACAAAGAGAAACCGGUGAAUAAAGACAGCAAGGAGCUUGAUGGCAAGUCGGGGCCGGUGAAUCUGGUUGAGGGGAUGACGGUGAAGAAGGGCGAAGGGAAAGCUGGGAGUAUUUGGACUUUGGAAAGCAAGGAGGCGGGGAAAGAGAACGAGUACAAAGUGGGCGAGAGGACCGCGCGGACGUUGGAGACGGAGCGCAGGUUGCUGGAGGACAAGGAGGACAAGGAGAGCGAGAUGGCCAAGCGCGAGAGUGCCAUGCAGCAGGUUUGCGGGAAGGCGAAGGACGCGGGCUGCGCGAGGACGGCGCCGCCGCCAGGCCCGGCUCAGGAGAGGACCACCGUGCUGGGCCACAUCAAGAAGCUGGAGGAGAAGGCAAAGGAUGACUCGUCUCCGACCCACCUCCAGCUGCCCGGAGAUUACUACACCACCCAGAGGCUGCACCACAAGGCCCUGGCCGCUCAGGGGAGCAGCUCCCCGGCCAAGGAGAAGAACGACGGCAGCUGCAGCUCGGAGCUGAAACGCAAGCACAUCCAGUCCAACUCGGACUCGGAGGCCGGCGAGCCCAUCUUCGGGGCAGUGGAGAAGUUGAAGAGCAGCUGGGCCAGCUGCAAGAUCAGGAACGUGGAGGACCUGUACUCGGAGCCGGGUGUGGUCAAUCCCGUGCCCAAACCCCGGCGCACCUUCGAGUACGGCACGGAGAAGCUGAGCGGCCAGUGCGUGAUGAGGAGGAGCGCCCGGCAACUGCCAGCUCUCCCCGUCAUCCCCCCGCCUCUCCCCCUCUCACCCCCACCCACAGGCAGCACUGCCCCCAUCGGCGGCAGGCCACGGCUCAACUCCAGGGACAACCAUCGGAAAUCGUUUGAAUUUGAGGACGUAAAGGACCUUCAAAGGCUCCAGUCUCCGGAUGUGAGCAGAGGCGGGCAGGUGGACUGGUACGCCCAAUCGAAGCUGGCACUCAACUGUGCUCUAUCAGAAGAAAACAUAUAUGAGGACAUCCUGGAUGUUCCGAAGGAGAAUCCUUAUGAAGACAUAGAGUCGGCAGACAGGCACUCGCUGGGGAAACAGUGCCCGACAGCUCAUCCUUCCUCCGGCUGCUCCACUCCUAAACCAGGGUCUCCAUCUGAAACCAGACCCGACACACCUACAAAGCUUCUGUUGAAGACUCCCUCCCUCUUCCGCCACUCCUCGGAGCGGAGGAGUUUCAAGUUGCUGGACAUCCGGAAAAUCAGCAAAGACGGCGUUAGUUCUCCGUCUAAAGCCAGCCCGCCCUCCACACCGAGCAGUCCCGAGGACACUCUGAGCCUGGCCGGAGAUUCGCAGCAAGUGAAGCGGAGGAAGAAGAUUCCCAAGCUGGUGUUGAAGAUCAACGCCAUCUUCGAUGCAAGGAGAGGAAGGAAGAAGCUGAGGAGGAUCACGCAGUCUUCGGAGGCCAGCACUGGAAGAGUUACAGAUGAAAACAGUGAAACGGACAGUGAGACGGAAGAGAAACUCAAGGCUCACAGUCAGCGCCUGGUGUUGGUCAAGUCCUUGCUGAAGCAGAAGAGCCGCUACCGGACCUUGGAGCGCGACCUGAUCGAGUUCCAGGAGUGGCAGCUGUUUGAGUUCUUUGUGGUGGUGGCCCUCCACAUGAAGAAGGGGAGCAGCACGUACCUGCCCGAGGUCACCCAACAGUUCCCCCUCAAGCUGGAUAAACCAUUCAAGUUUAUGCGGGAAACUGAAGACCAGUUAAAGGUCAUCCCACAGUUCUGCUUCCCCGAUGCCAGGGACUGGGUCCCCGUUUCUGAAUUCCCCAGUGAGACGUUUUCCUUUGUCUUGACCGGUGAGGACGGCAGCAGACGGUUCGGAUAUUGUCGGCGACUGCUGCCUACUGGGAAGGGGAAACGCUUGCCUGAAGUCUACUGUAUCGUCAGCCGUUUGGGCUGCUUCAACCUCUUCUCCAAGAUCCUGGACGAGGUGGAGAAGCGGAGGGUGAUAUCGACCGCCCUGGUGCAGCCGUUUAUGAGGAGCAUCAUGGAGGCGCCGUUCCCAGCUCCGGGACGAACCAUCACCGUCAGGAACUUCCUCCCAGGAUCGGGCAACGAGGUGAUCCAGCUGUGUCGACCGCUGGACUCGCGGCUGGAGCACGUGGACUUCCAGUGCCUCUUUUCCUCGCUGACUAUCCGCCAGCUGAUUAAAGUCUUUGCCUCCCUUCUGCUGGAGAGGAGGGUGAUCUUCACAGCGGAUAAACUCAGUACCCUGUCCAAGUGCUGCCACGCUGUGAUGGCCCUUCUGUACCCGUUCGCCUGGCAACACACCUACAUCCCCGUGCUGCCUCCCGCCAUGAUCGACAUCGCCUGCUCCCCCACGCCCUUCCUCAUCGGACUCCUCUCCAGCUCCCUGCCCAAGCUCAAGGAGCUGCCACUGGAAGAGGUGCUCGUGGUCAAUCUUGGGACAAACAAGUUUCUCAGGCAGGUGGAUGAUGAAGAUUCCAUACUGCCACGCAAGCUGCAGAUGGCACUGGAGCAGGUGCUGGAGAUGAGAAAUGACUUGGUGACACAGGAGGAGGACUCUCUAGUGGAGGGCGUUGCCUCCCUUAAUACUGUGGUGUCCGAGACCUUUGUGCGUUUCUUUGUGGAGAUAGUUGGUCACUACUCCCUCUACAUGGCUUCCAGUGAGAAGGACGAGAGGAUCUUCCUGGGAGAGACCUUCCGCAAGUCCAUUGCCUCCAAGAGUAUUCGCCGCUUCCUGGAGGUGUUCAUGGAGACGCAGAUGUUCGGGGGGUUCAUUCAGGAUCGAGAGCUGAGGAAGCUCGGGGUCAGAGGUUUAUUUGAGCUUCGAGCCCAGGACUACCUUGAAGCACUCACUGGGGGUGAACAAAGAGGCAUGAACAGAUUUCUCAGAGGCCUAGGCAGCAAAAUGAAAUUCCUCCACAAGAAGUAAACGCCUUUGGGAAAGCAUCGCAGAAGCACAGGCGGCUGGGAGCAGCAGCGCGGUUACUUUUGCUCCAAUCAGUGGUUGUUGGCGAGGCUCCGGUACAGACGGAGACGCGAGGCUACAAGAAGGAAUGAGGCGGCCCUGAGGGGCAAUGGGCCCGCUCCAGCCGCUCUCUGUCGUCUAGACUCGUCUAAAGUCUGCGUGUCUCUGACCUCAUUUGCUGCACCCGACCCCCAACACGUUCCCUGCACGAGGGAGCGGAACCAGGGAGGAGGAAGCCUCCGUCACUGGAGACGGGCCUUUUACUGUUGAGAGAAGGAAGUGCCGGACAAUGAAGGAGAGAAGAGAUAAAGGAGAAAGUUUGUAAAUGUGUGAAUACGUUUAAAAAAAGAAAGACAGCGUUUGGGGAUUCAGUUUCCACGGAGAUAUCCUCGGCAUCUGCUAUCAUGGCACAGCUUGUCUAUCAGCUGGGCGCAGUCUUGCACCAGAGACAUCAUCUUUGUUUUUCAGUGGGGGUUGGCUGGACAGGCUGGUCUACUCCGCCCCUGAUGACAGACCAAUGCUCUGCAGUUUGAGCUAUAAUAUGGAGGGAGCACAGAGCUCCUUGUGCAUUAAUCACUGUCACAAUGCAUAAACGAGCCUUCAGCCUCCACACACACAACUGACAAAAUGGUUGGAGUCACGAGGAGAUGAGAAAUGUCAUCUUUAAACCAGCCGGAAAUCUGAAAUUGUAACUAAUUGCCAGCAUUCCCGUUUAAAUAGAGUCGCCCUGUGGCGGUUCACUUCCCAGGGUUUGUGUGUAGAAUCUUCCAUUUGCUCUGAAGUUGUGUGAUAGACAGCAAGCAACUGGGGGGUGGGUUUGAGAGAAUUCCUUUGUUGUUGGCAUUGGCCUAGACUACUUUAGACAGUAAAGGGCCUGUCCCACUUACGCGAUCUUGGCUUGCAAAUUACGCAACCCCGUGGUCGCUUGAGGCGUACAGGGCACCGUAUGGCUGCGCGGGGCCGCUCUCACUUAGAAGCGGGGAGGGGUACGGAGUUGUGCGGGGUUGGUCCCGACAUCACGAAAUUCUUGCAGUGACCGAAAUCUCCGCGCGCCAACGGCCUGUCGUCCCACGUACGCACACAGGCGCAUUGCGUUCGUACGCAGCGUCUUGACGGCCUACGCCUAGCGCGUGGCGCUGCGUGAUGACAUCACCGCUCGACGCUAUGUGUCGCCCAAAUUCAGUCGGCCCGCCUCCUGCCCAGCUGAUUUGUAAGCAUGACGUAAAUGACGUCACGUGCGAACUUAGUGCGAAAUUAGCGCAAAUUUCGCGCGACCUCCACUUCCGUCCGGUUGGUCGCGCCAAACGCACGCAAGUGGGACAGGCCCUUAAGUAAUCCCAUCAAAGCAGGAGAUGACGUGACUCGUUUUUGGCGAUGUACGUCGCAGUGUACAAAAACGCUAACCGCACACAAGGAGCCGGCUUACGGCAGUCUGAACCCCAAACGCCACUGGAUACCUUGACUACAGCGGGCACCACCACUUCACCCGACCAGACAUCCCAUGUUGUGUCUAGCAUUGCCUGACGAGUGAGAGCUCGGGUACAUUAACCAGGGCCUGCAUGCUGCCGUGCUUGCCCUUCAUCCCGUCCGAUGGGAAUGUGAAAUAAGAGACGGUACUAUAACAAUAGACGAGGAUCGUCACAAUGUUUACAAUUGCCAGAGAAAACUCAAUUGUAUUGAGUGCAAGAAUCCGAGCAGUCACGGUUAAAGGGGCACUGAUGUUGCAUCACUGUAAUGUUUUCAGAGUAGUUUCGUGCUGACACAGUGAUCACGGUGGGGAUGGGGAUGGGGAUGUUCGUGUACAAAUUCCUAGUCGGGUAUAAUUCUAGAGCAAUGCUGAUCAUUUGCAACACUCCUGCUGUUUGAAACUAUUAGACAAAGGCCAGGCAUGACUUCAUUUGUACUCGUUCAGCCUUCAAUAGCAUUGGCAUCUGGUCGUGCUCCUCGGAUGAAAUGUUUGAUUAAAUCUAGUCAUUCACCCUUCGACAUGAAUCACUCUUAUCAGUUAGAUAGAGCUCUAGGGGCUAGUGGAGUCGAGGGAUAGGGGGAGAAGGCAGGCACGGGUUUUUGAUAGGGGAUGAUCACAAUGAAUGACGGUGCUGGCUCGAAGGGCCUCCUCUUGCACCUAUUGUCUAUGUUUCAACAUCUUGGGCCAAGGCACUGUCCACUUUAACUGGCCUUGGGUGGGGAAAGUCAUCCUUAUUUGUCACCCAGUCCUAGGAGGAGAGUGGUUUAACAGAACUUCACACCUUCCCCGCAGGGAUAUAAACACCUUUGCCGUGUGGGGAACCGUGUAGACAGGCUGUUAUAAUGGCUUUGGUGCUGGCUGGCUGGCUGGUGGAUGGUUUAUUCCACAAGCACUCAGAUCAGACCUUGGUGAUCAGAGAUUCAGAGUCAUUUCAUGACUUCAAGUUGGCAAGGGUCGACCCGUUUGUUUUGCUUGUGUCGAGGACUUUAAAAAAAGUUAAUACCAUUCUCAGGGGGGACAAAAAUG